AUGGACUCACCAUCCUCCUUCGGCAACAGCUCGACGUUUGCCUCGUCGUCGGUUGGUGAAUGCUCGCUGGGAAGCACCGUUGCAGCCCGAUGCAGCAACACUCCUAGGAGCAGUAACAGUAAUAUGAUGAUCAACAACACGAAUGUUGGAAGUAGUAACAGUAGUAAUAAUAUGAAUGGAUGUAAUCCUUCUCAUCAAUCAGCCUCUUCUGUCGGAGGUUGUGCUGCGAAUAUUCCUCUCUCCAUGGCACAACGAUCUAUGCAGUUUGUGCAGAGUAAGAAUGAAGCAUUUCGUAGAGAUUCAAUGAAGAGUAUCAUUACCAAGCAGAGAAAGACAAAAGAUAUCCAAGGACAUGCCAGUACCGCUGCCAGCGAGUCUUUGAAACUUCGCUUAUCGAAUGAAAAUGUACACAUUCCUUCGAGACCUACAACAGAGAGUAGUAAGGAUCAGAAUAUUUUAAACCAUGACUAUCGAGCCUCCUUCUCUUUAUUUCAAUUGAAUGAAGAUUACAAGAAAAGGCUUUCAUCAAAACCAAGUUUCUCAUCGUCUGUUCAUGAUUUUUUAAAGACAGUUGAAAGAUGUCAAGCAUUUUCUGCCAAUUCCUUACCAUCGCUGGACAAGACAAUACUCGAAGACUACGACUCUAUGAGUGCUUGCAGUUUAACACCAGCAGCAACAAACAACUUUUCUUCAUUUCAAGACAAACCUUCCAAUCCAACCCUCAAUUCCUCACUUGUAAAUUACUACAGCUCUAAUUACAAACUAAAGACAGGCGUACCUGACCUCCAUACCCACCACUCCAACAAUUCCUCGUCAGGUAUUAUCACUCAUGAGGAAGACGACAAUGACGCCUUUCCACUUUCCACCAAACUGAAAAGAAUGAUGACUCAUCAGAAAGAGCAUCAUGAAAGCAAACUCAGAAAGCAAGACGCUAAAGAGGAAAAGGACAAGAAGCUCUAUCUUUCUAUUGAACAAAGCUUACCCGCAAUGGUCAAUGUUUUCACAUUGGACAAUCAACACCUUCUGGACAGUAGCAUUGUCCUUUCCAUUCAAAACGUGAAUGAUCGACAGUCCUUUGUCAUUGACCCUCGAUUCAAUAUUCCAAGUUUGAAGAAGGGAGAAAAAUUUGUUCUCUCCGUUCACAACAGACACUUGAAGCCUGUUAGAUUUUGUAUCAUGUUCAGGGAUCCUUCAGGCACUCACGUGUCAAUCUAUCCAAAGAAAGUCAAAUUAUUACAAUCACUCGAAAGUGAUUUAGAAUAUCUCCCUUCCAAGGAACAAGUGUCACAGGUUUUUGACAGCUCUUUGCUUCCAACCAUUGCUGACAUGAAGACAUCAUCCUGCAAAGUUUCUCUCAUCUUGAUGGCCACCACUCACAUCAAGAUUAACAAUGCCAUCUCUGAAAUUUGUUCAAGAAUUCAAGGAGUGGAGAAGAAUCCAAAUUCUGUUAAAGCUGCUAUUAUGGACAGAGACAAACAGCAACAUCAUCCUCUGCUUGAAGAUUCUUCCUCCUUUAAACGAGUGUCCUUAAAAUCGAUUGAAUUGAUUAUUGAAGAUAAUUAA